CCGGAUUCCCCCUUUCGCCCGCCAUUCCCCGGGGCCUGGGCAAGGCCGCCAAGGCCUACAGCCCCUGCGAUGGCGGCGAGGGCAGCCUGAUGGAGCCGGAGGAAAUCUCGCAACUGCUGGCCGACGUGACCCGCUUGGCCGAGCCCCUGGAGAAACUGCGGGACGUGGUUCUCCGGGAGGACGGGCUGGAGUCCCGCCGGGCGCUGGCCCACGAGAGCCUGGGGGACGCCUUGCGGAUCCUGCGGCAGGUGGUCGCCAAAUACCCUCUGCUCAACACGCUGGAGACGCUGACCGCGGCGGGGACCCUCAUCUCCAAAGUCAAGGGUUUCCAUUACGAAUCCAACAUCGAAGCUGACAAGCGAGAAUUCGAAAAGGCCCUGGAGACCAUCGCCGUUUCCUUCAGCGGCACGGUCUCCGAACUCCUCAUGGGGGAAGUAGAUAGCAGCACCCUUCUCUCCAUCCCUCCUAGCGACCACAACCAGUCGAUGGAAAAUCUCUACGGGGGAAUUUCAGGGCAAGGCGGCGAAGGGAUCUCAGACGGCAUGGAAGGUUUCACCUCGAUCCGUCUGUCGGCCGAAGAGGUGGACGUUCUCCUGCAGAGGUGCGAGGGAGGAGUCGAGGCGGCUUUACAUUACGCCAAGAACGUCUCAAAGUAUAUGAAGGACCUAAUGUAUUACCUGGAGAAAAGGACCGCCCUAGAAAUGGAGUUUGCCAAGGGACUUCAGAAGAUGGUUCAUUCCUGCAAACAGACCAUCAGUCAGGAGCCUUUCAUGCCCUUUUUCUCCAUCUACUCCCUGGCGCUGGAGCAAGACGCCGAGUUCGGAGUCAACUCGCAGAAAGCGGCCGUCACCUUGCGCUCAGAAACAUUCCUUCAGCCGUUGGCAACCAGGCGCCUUGAACACGAGAAACGUCGGAAAGAGGUCAAGGAGCAGUGGCACCGGGCUCAGCGGAAACUGCAAGAGGCCGAGAGCAACCUGAGAAAAGCCCGCCAGAUGUACAUGCAGCGAUCGGAGGAGUCUGAAAAAGCCAAGGAUGUGAUGGUGAAGGCGGAAGAGGAGCAGCUGGGGUCCAGCGUGGGCAGCAGCACUGCGGCCACCAAAGCUCUGGACAAAAAGAGGCGACUAGAGGAGGAAGCCAGGAACAAGGCCGACGAGGCGAUGGCGACUUACCGGACGUGCAUCGCCGACGCCAACACACAGAAACAGGAGAUGGAGGAUACAAAAGUGACCGCCUUGCGACAGCUCCACGAAGUGGUCAAGCAGAGCGACCAGAUCAUCAAAUCGGCCACCAUCUCCUUCUUCCAAACCAUGCAUAUGCAAACAGCCCCUCUGCCCGUCUACUUCCAGACGUUGUGCGAGAGCAGCAAACUCUACGACCCCGGGCAGCAGUACGCCUCACACGUCAAGCAGCUGCAGCGGGGAGACGAGCCCGAGACCCAGUACGACUUCGAGCCCUACGUCUCCAACAACAGCUGGUCUCCUCUGGCCCGGGCGAGAAAAAGUAGUUUCACCACCGGCGAUUUACCAGCAGCCAGCGGAUCUGAAGCGUCCGGCAAAGAGGCGGCGGCUUCAGAGGGCGAGGGAGCGCAGAGCCGGCCGGCCAACCCCGAGCGACGAGGUGGGUUCUCCCAGAAGUCCCAGGCGGUGCCAAGUAACGGGACGUCUCCCGGAGACGAGUCGGACGGGAAUUCGCCUUCCUUUGAGCAAAGUAUCGACGACAUGACCCCGGAGAUCUCGACGCCCACCGGCCCUUUCCGCCACAUGGGUUUAUCCAAAGCUGCGCAGACCCACCGACUGAGGAAGCUGCGGUCCCCUUCGAAAUGCAGGGAGUGCAACAGCUACGUGUAUUUCCAGGGAGCCGAGUGCGAGGAGUGCUACCUCGCCUGCCACAAAAAGUGCCUGGAGACUCUGGCCAUUCAGUGUGGACACAAGAAGCUCCAGGGAAAACUGCAGCUGUUCGGCAGGGACUUUGCCCAGCAGAGCCGCCUCAGUUCCGACGGGGUUCCCUUCAUCGUGAAAAAGUGCAUCUGCGAGAUCGAGAGGCGGGCGAUGAAGACCAAGGGCAUCUACCGUGUCAACGGCGUGAAAACCCGCGUGGAGAAGCUAUGCCAGGCCUUUGAGAACGGGAAAGAGUUGGUCGAGCUGUCCCAGGCCUAUCCUCACGACAUCAGCAACGUUCUGAAGCUCUACCUGCGGCAGCUCCCGGAACCCAUCAUGCCAUUCCGCAUGUACAACAGCCUUAUGGGGUUGGCCAAGGAGAGUGUGCAGGGAGGAGCCGAGGGCAGGCCCGGGAAGAGUAUCACCGAGCUGGUGGACAGAGGACCCGAGACCGAGAAGGUGGUCGUGGCGCUGGUGACGAAGCUGAGGGAGCUUCUGAAGGAGCUUCCGUCGGAGAACUUGUCCACCCUAAAGUACAUCGUUCUGCAUUUGAGGAGGAUCGUCGAAGUCGAACAAGAAAACAAGAUGACCCCUGGCAAUCUGGGCAUCGUCUUUGGCCCCACGCUGAUGCGCCCGAGACCCACGGAAGCCACCGUUUCCCUCUCCUCGCUGGUCGACUACCCGCAUCAAGCCCGCAUCGUCGAGGCCCUCGUAACCUUCUACCCUGCCAUCUUCGAAACCGACGGCGCUUUGCCGGAAAACCCCGAAGACGCGGUUCGGGAAGACGCCGACGCGGCCGAGAACAAGGAAGACGCAUGCCAGCCGUCGGACGACACAGACCUGUACCUCACGGCCUCUGCUGAACAGGCAGAAGCAGCUUUUCACGAGGACCUGUACAGAGAAGACAGCACCCGUUUCAUCGAUUCCGACUCUGAUCCAGAAGACUCCGCAGAGGCGGGCAUCGAGGGCCCCCCGCGGCGAGGCAGCGAGACCAGCGGCGACGAAGAAACCCCGUCUGUGGAUGAAGCCAGCGAGGAAGGGACGCUGAGCCGCACUUACAGCGUCGGUCAGUCGGACUCUGAAGACAUCUCUCCGCUGCAGCGCUGCCCGGCCCGGGAGGAAGGCCGCUGUGAUGGGGACGAAGAUGUGGUUUUCGGGAGAGAGGGCGACAGGGAGAGUGCGGAAGGGCAGGCGGGAAGGCCGCUGGAAGGUUGCAACACCAACCAGUCGAACAACGUGGCGUUUCCGCAGCCGCCUUUCGGCUACAAGGCAUUAGAGUAGUUUCCCCAGCCUCGAAAACGGGA